GAGGAGCCAGCAGUACAGCAGGAAAAAACAGAGGGAUCAUGGGAAGGAGGGCACGAUGAAGGAAAAGCAGACUGGAAGAAUGAGUGCUCCCUCUCUUCCCUCCUUAAACAUUCCUGCCUUCUUUGCUGGUCAUCUCCCAGGGACACCGACAUCAUGGAGACUGAUGAGAGAAUCCUCGCCAAGACAGCCGAGAUCAGAGAGCUGGAGAAUGCAGUGGCAGUGGAAAACUUGGAACUUCAGGAGCAGAAGUCAGACCGCAAGGAGCUGGAGGAGACCCUAGUUAAAUUAGAGAAACACAAAGAGAAACUGAUUCACCAAAUAAAGGCAACCAGACAGCUGUGCUAUGAAGAAAGUCAGCAGAUCUUGUCUCUACAGGCAGAGGAGGCACAGAAGGAGAGCCAAGUGGAGGAGUAUGAGAGGGAGCUUGCCAGAGCCAGGUGGAGGCUGAGGAAGCUCAGAGAAGACGUUAAACAGGCCAAGAGGAAGGUGGAAGAGGCUGGAGAAAGGAAUAAUCCUCUCCAAGUCUCAAUCAGACAGUCCUAUGAAGAGAUCCUACAGGAGGAGAACACUCUGUGUUCACUGUCAGGAGGUGCAGUCACUCCAGAAAGCCAUCUGGAUGAAUCAGCAUCUCCUGCAGAUACCACUGAAGAUAAUCUGCUUCCUCUGAGGCCGUGGGGAAGGAGCCAAUCGUUGCCCGCCUAUGCUGAUCUCAUAAUGGGGGCCAAUGGUUUGCCUUUCUGCAAUAAUCUAGCCUGUACCAGAGAAGAUGAUGACAGUGGGACCAGCUCACCAAAGAUGGACAGAUCUGACAUAGAGGAUGGUCUAGAGGAAGGGGAGAGCAACAAUGAAGGGGAAAAUGAUAGAGAGCGUGAGGAGUUCACUGGGAACCCAAACCCUCUCAGCCAGCUGGACUUCUACCAAGCCAACCCCUUUGCGCAUUGUGAGAGUGAACAUGACCUCUUCAAUGAAGACCUAUUCCUUAAAACAGACUCAUCUGAUGGAUUUGCUUCUGACCCCUUCAAAGGCAGCGACCCCUUCGCAGCAGAUAUUUUGUUUCCAUUGACAAAUGCUGGCACUGGUGAGGGCACAGGAAAUACCGGUGAUGAGGCAGAUACCAGUCUGUCUUGUGUUGAAAACAAGGCCUCAACAGGAACUCAGUGCUUUGAGUCAGAAUUCCCAGAUGAAGACAGUGACAUAGAGAUUAGCUACAGCCGAGAGGACCUGGACACCAUUGCUGUGGUAGAUGAUUCUCAUGGAUUUAAACCCAUUCAGAGCUCAUCAGAAGAGCUGGGGCCAGAGCCUAUCCCAGGCUGGCGGUCCCAGGGUCAGUAUUCUGUAGAAUCAGAUCCUAAUGGGUAUGAGCUUGAUCUUGGUGCUGUCUCCCCACCCUCUGACAUAGAAGAACACAGUCUGGGGUCUCUGGCUGGAGAGGCUACUACUCAUUCAUCAGCAGGAUUUGAGCAAGGUCUCAGUUUUGGUGUAACACAAGCUGUCCGUGAGCUUGGUGAAUCGGUCCCAUCGGAACCUGAUUGGAUCAGAGACAUGGAGGACACUCUGCCCUGUGAUGCCACUUCCAAUCAGGCAACAGAACAGUUUAGGAACAUCAAAGGAGAAAUCCAAAACCCUGCCACUCCCCAGAACUCACUAGAAUCCCAAAACAUUUUUACUGAACCUGACUUGCUUCAGAAAAGCCUUGAUUUGAGCUAUGAACCAACCAGUCAGUCUUCCUUUGACCCAUAUGGGUUUAAACUCAGCCCUGAGCAUUCUAGUCACACUCUUUUAGACCCUGAUGAAGCUGAAUUGAGUCCAGAACCUGCUGAUGAUGAUCUGGCCUUUGACCCUGAACCCUGCUCUUCUGAACAUCAACUGAACUUUGAUCCCUAUGGGUUUGACAUUCGCUCUUCCCAGAUGAUACGGGACUGUGACCCUUAUGGCUUUAAGUUAAGCCCUCAAGAAGAGAACCAGGAAGUAUUGGACCUCUGUGGCCAUGAUAAUCAGGAUGCAGUGGAUCUUUGUACCCAUGACAACAAUGAGCAAAGAGAGCUGUCUAACUAUAGUAAUCAGGAAAUACUGAAACCUCAUGGCCAGGAAAACCAAGAAGUACUUGAAAAUUGUAGCCACAAUAACCAGGAAGUUCUAGAUUUAUGUACCAAUGGAAACCAAGAAGUGCUGGAACAAUCUAGCCUUGACAACAGAGAGUUAUUUAAACAUGAAAACCAGGAAGUCUUGGAUCUGUGUAGUCAGGGCAACCAAGAAGUUGUGGAACCCAAUCGGAAUAUUGGCAGUGAGCAACUACUUGAACCUUGUGAAUAUGAAAACCAACCUCAUAGCCUUGGCAGUCAGGAUCUGCUGGACUUCUCCCACCCUGAAAAUCAGGAAGUGUUGGAUUUAGAUAGCCAUGGUAACCAGGAAGUUUUGGAUUCUAACGACAAGGAAAACCAGGAAGUACUAGUUUCAAGUAGCUACAGUAAGCAAGAAUUUCAGCACCUUAGUAGCAGUGAAAAUCAGGAAUUACCAGACUUAAGUAGUCAUGACAGCCCGGAGGUGCCGGACAUGUUGUGUACAGAAAUUUUACCUGAAGCAAACAACAACCAGUGCAUUUUGGAACCAGAACAGAAUGUCAGUUCUGAUAGCUCAGAUAGUGAUGUGGCAUCAGAAGACAUACUGGGACUGCAACUCAGUAACAUCAGUAUCUGCACUUUGAACACCACAAGUACUGUUCCUGUUGACACUCUGAAUAUGGCCAUCAGCAGCAUGUCUGCCAACCAGGACUGUAGUUCAUCUGCUGCUCCAAUCAAUCACAACCUAUUAGAAGGUGAUCUAGGUUCAGUGUUUGGGGCUGGAGGAUAUAUUGGAUGUCCUGAUGUAGCAGAUGACUUAGAACCUUUGCACAGGAGGCAGUCAACCCCAGUACCAGAGCCAGUACAACCAGUCAGACCAGUUAGGCCUCCUCGACCAUCUCUCAGGGCCAAGGACAAGGCCCAGUCCCAGACUCAGGUCAUCGAUUUGAAGUGAUCUUUUACCAAGAAACACUCGCGUGAAGGUUACUAUGUCAACAUGGUUUCUGUGAUGACAACAACACAAGAAGGGAAGAGGAUAAGGAAUAAAGUAAGGGGGAGACAAAUGGAAAUGGAAUGGAGGAAGAAUGGCUAAAGGGAGAGCUCAUUCUGUUGUUAAUCAUGACAAUAAAUUAGUUCAUUUAGUCAGAAGGGAAACAAAAGAAGGCAAGAUGUAAGAACUACCAUGAAACCAAAUGAUAAAAAUAUUUUCUGAUUAUUAUAUUAAGGAAUAUUGGCACUUUAAUUCAAUCUAUUUAGAAUGAUUUACACCUGGCAGUGUUGCAUACAACUACCUGACUAUCCAUUUCCAGACAAUGCGUGUUCAUCAUUUACAAGGUUGCUAUCUUAUUUUUUAUGAUUUGACGAACUAAUGAAGGUUUUGACAGGCCUGACUGGUCUGAACAGUGUCCAUGUUUUGAUGUGAGACAAGUGUUAGAACAUGUG